ACCUCAACCACUACCCACGACAGACCACGGCGAUGAAAGUCCUCAGCCAGGCCGUUGCAAGGGUGCUGCAAGUUCAAUCCGCCCUCCAGGGCUUCGCGACGACAUUCUUGUUCAGCACCAACACCACGAGCAUGUCGCGCAGUACUAGUGCUACAUCGACGUCUACAGCGCCUUCUCUCUCACACGCCAUGCAAGCGGACAUCAACCGCACGCUUUCGUUCUGGUUCGACGGCCCUCCACAGAACUGGUUCGCCCCGGCGAACCCGGAGCAACACGACGCGCUCAUCCGCGACACGUUCGGCACACUGAUCACGCGGGCACGCAACGACGAACUCGACACCUGGUCUUCGUCUUCCGAGGGCGGGGGUGCCCGAGGCAGUCUCGCGCUCCUCCUCCUCCUCGACCAAUAUCCGCGCAACGUGUACCGGGGCAGCCACGAGGCGCACGCCUCCGACGCCAAAGCCGCCGCUCUCGCGACGACAUGUAUCGCACGCGAGUUCGACCGCCAGGUCGGCGACCUCGAGGCCCUGUUCUUCUACCUGCCGUUGAUGCACGAAGAGCGGCUCGUCAGCCAGAUCGCGUGUGUCGCGCUGAUCGAGACGCUGCUGGCACGGUGUCAGCCGGACAGUCAAGCCCGACAGUUCGUGCAGCGCAGUGUCGGUUUUGCAAAAUCCCACCGCGAUGUCAUCGCCCGCUUCGGCCGCUUUCCGAGCCGGAAUGAGAUCCUCGGACGCCCCAGUACCGACGACGAAGUCAGGUUUCUGCAGGAGCACCCUAGUGGGUACUUUUGACGGGCCCUGCUUGUCCCAAGGCACAAGCACAACGUUGCUCUGCGUGAAGGGCAGGUGGCAGUGAGCACGAGGAUGUGCGGACGAGGUUUGUGAUACAGUGCUUGGGUUUACUUUAGCCAGCAUCAGUCCUCGAUCUGUUCAUGCAGCAGUGCCUUUGCACUUCCUUCGAGGGAAGGUCGGUCCCGAGUAUCUCCUCCAGGAUUGAGAGAUCGUGAAAAGGCUAGGUCUCCCAUGGUGGCUGGGCUGAUCACUACUACUGUGCUGCGUUUAGUUUCCACCGUCGCACCUCAUACUGAGUAUGUCUGAUCUGCUCCUUCUGGCCUGAAUGGCCGUGUCCGCUGGAUUUUAUGUGCUUCGGCUCGUUAUCUAGAGAGCUCGAGAUACAUCAAAACGAGUGGGGAGAUGGCGCCGGUCCAAGUUGUUGUUCUGCUACACCAUUUCUCUGCAUUGUCCUCUGCAAGGAAAUUGGUGGUCUGCAGAUGUGUGCACUGUACUUGUAACUAGACAAAUAAUGAGUCAGUCAAGAAGAUUGUGCAUAGAUGGUGCUUGUUCAUUAUGUAGGUCAAUGUGUGUUACUCUAUGCCUCACAUAUACAACGAAUAACGAAUAACCGGGGAGCUGUGAAUUCAGGACGCCAUAGCAUGCAAUCUG